UUUACUUUUUUUUUUCAGUAGAGACACUAGAGAGAGAGAGAGCUUGAACACACGAAGAAACAACCAUGGCGGGAAUCGAUACGCAGAAGCAGCUUCUCUCUCUGAUCCGCGAUUUCACCUCUGAACGAUCUCGUGGAGAGCAAAGAGUUGUUGGAUUGAAGAAACGAAUCGAGGUUUUACAAUCGGAAGUUGAAGCAUCGAAUUCAGAAGUUGAGCAUGCGAAGCGUAUCAAAGAAGUCGCGGAAGAGGAGCUUAACGGAUACGAAGUUGAAUUGUCUUUGAACGAUACUACGAUUCAAUCUCUGGAGGCAAGGAUUGGUCUUCUUCAGGAUGAAGUUUCUACUAUUGGCAGUGAGAUUGAUGCUCUUAAGGUCUGGGCUACACAUUGUUUAUUUGAGUUUAAGUCAUUGUGUGGUUUGAUUUCUUCGUUUGAUAUUCUGGAGUUUUUGUGGGGUGACUUGAUGGUUUGGGGAAUAAAGAACAAGGAAGGAUUACUCAGAGAUCAGUUUAUAAGCCAAAUGGAAGAGCUGAACAAGGAAAUAAGGGAGUUCCAGAGAACAGUAGAAUCGAGUUUGAGCAAUGAUGAUAGUACUGGCGUAACAGCAACUUUUGAGGAUGGUCACGGAGCUGAUUCAAAAGCUAUAAAGAAUAUGCUAUCUGAUGUAAAUUCUCAAUUAGCAAAAGAGGAAGACGGAUACCUGGCUGAGCAGAAGAUACAACAACAGCUGCAGAAGGAGCUUGAUGAGUAUGAGAAGAAAAUGUCACUCAUGGAGUCCAUAAUAGAGAAAACAAAUUCAGUUCAAGUUCUUGCUGAGCAGAUAUCUGAGUUGGAACAGAUAUUGGCUUCACUCGGGGAGGAGCUGCAAAAGAGAUGCCGAUGCCAACAGUGCCAAGCAGAAAAUUUGGAAGUUUUGAGCGUGCUUCUUCAGGGAGAUCAAGACAUGGAAGUAUCUUAAUUAAAGCCACUCUUCACUUGUGGAAAUAUUGAUACACUCAAGGCUCAAGAUGGUAAGACACUCUUCACCUCUCAAAAUUUGAGAAACCAUUUUCCUAGAAAUUUUACUAAAUUUGCAAUGAUGAAGCAAACAAAUACUAGUCCCUAGCUAGUAUCUUUAACACUGAUCACGUUCUUCCGUCUUAAAAGGUAUGUACGCAAUGAACCACAGUUUUCUUUACAUUGACAACUACCAAAACCAAUGAUAAAUUGUCUCAUAACUUGAGAUUCAUCCACUCAUCAUAUAAAGCCCAUUCAAGACUAUCAAAGUUAGAACUUCCUCCCUACAUUCCAAGUCCUUGAUGAGUUACGAUUUUUCGAUUAGGAUGGAACGAACAACAGUUCAACUGCCAAAUGUACAACUUUUUUUUUUUUUGUUUGGUGCAAAACUUAUAACCACUUAAACAGUCAAUUAAAUCACUUUUUCACUCAA